AUGUCUCGAUUAUCUGGAUUUGUGGCUCAAAUAAGCGAAGAUUUCCAAAGACGUGUCGUUGAAUUGACUAUAGAUCCUAUUAGCCCAACAGCGUUUUAUGCCGAAUGGAAAAUAUUGCCAGACAUCAAUGGCAGUGUAAAUUAUUCACUUACGUAUUCCACUCAACUCUACACUGAAAUUAAGUUAACAAGUGGCAACAACUUAACGUUGACUGGAUUGAUAGAAUGCGCAGCAUACAUAAUCACGGUGAGGUGUUUAUAUUAUGGAUCCGGAGAAAAUACGUUUGGUGGUCCYUUAUUUACUUCCACAGUUGCGUCGACUUCACAUACUUUCCAACUGAAAGCGGUGAAGAAUUUAACCUUGGUAAUUUCAAGUCACUCGAUUUUGAUUUCAUGGGAAAACCCGAUGGAACAGAAAUUGUGUACGGCUAAUUUUCACGUGUCGUUGACUUCAAUUCGGGACACCGGUCAAGAAAUACAAACCGAAUUCGACUAUCAUAUGAUAACAGCUUUAGAGCCCUGCGUCACAUAUUCUGGUUACGUUUCUGCGGUCGACUCCGCUGGCGUUAAAGGAAGUCCAGCAGCGUUCAAUGUGACUACAGACACUGGAAUACCUGGGCCUGUAGUGAAAUUAUCAGCUUUGWCAAAUGGCUCGAGAACUAUAUUCGUUAGAUGGGACAAACCAAUUAAUUCGUCUUUUUGUUUCCGUCAAUACGUAAUUGUUUACUGUCACGAUAUCUUUAAUUGCUCUACAAUUAUAACUGAAACCAACUUUUUGACUAUUUCACACCUAAUACCUUGUGUAACGUAUCAAAUAACAGUCACGCCGAAGAUGACAGACACUCAGGAUGGUUUGCCAGCCAAAACCGAAGCCACAGUAGUCGCCGAAGUUUUGGAAAAGCCCAUGAAUGGACGAAUAUUGUUUUUAACCAGCUAUAAUGUCACUCUACAAUGGGAUCAUCCUAUCGAUUCUGUUUGCAAUUUAAUACACCAAAUUGUAAACUGUUCGUAUUUGAACACUUCACUCGAGAUAACAACGUAUACACCGGUUCAAGCAGUGGUCAUAGAAAACUUGAAACCUUUCACAAAACACAUUUGUUACUCAGCGUUCUUUAAUAAGCGAGGUUAUUCAGAAAAGAGUGACGAAAUCAUAUUUUGGACAAAAUUUCAAGUGCCUGAUCCUCCGAGAAAUUUAUCGAUCAUUAAAUUAUCCGCCAACAGCGUGGUCAUUGCGUGGACAGCGCCUACUACGAUAUCGCCCGACGCAAUCGACGAAUACCGCUGGGCGGUCACAUUCAAAAAUUUUUUAUACGAACCGCCGAAUCACUGCGCGCCCCAAACUGUGGAACCCGUGGUCACAUAUUUCGUCAAAAAUGACCAGACAUACCAGUAUAAAAUUGCGAAUCUAAUGCCUGCUAGCUGUUACCUCGUAGAAUUGAGCGCUGCAACAGAGUCCGGUCUUGGAAAUUCAACAAAUGUUACGAUACACACGUUGUCAUCAACAAGUUCACCGGUCAAAAACCUACAAGUCACAUCGAWAGAAUAUAAUUUGGUUGUCCUAAGUUGGAAGUACCCAUGCAUUCCAAACGGGAAAAUUGCAUUUUUUCACAGUACACUCKUGGGAGAAAGACUUGGAUUUCAUAAUCACAUUUUCAGUAUUAAAUGCGAUAUUUCAGACAAUGAAACAGAAUUUGAAUAUAGUUUAACCCAUUUAUUGCCCGAAUACACAUACGUCUGUACGGUAGUAGCGAUAACCGAUUCUGUGGAGAACCCAGGUCAAGACAAACGGAUUCGAUUUAUCACACCAUCGACAAGCCCGGAUUUACCGAGCAAAUACGAUACUUACCGUAAAUUACGAGUGACCGUGUCCGACAGCCAUCUCACACAGGUCCAUUUGUCCAUACCCGGCGACUUGUUCUCGAGCACCUCCGGAAACAUCCAAUACUAUUCGAUAAUCGUUUAUCAGGACGGUGGAUUUCCGGACAAACCAGAACACGGCAAUAGGUUGAAUAAUCCUCGACAGCAAAUGGACGACGACGUCUGGCCACCCGUCAUGCGGACGUGGGCAGAGGCUGCGCCGUACCCUUUCAUACUGGCGUACCAGACGACGCCCGACCGGUGGAUGCCUUUCAAAGACCAAAACGAUGGGGUUUUCGACAUCGGCGCAGAYGAAUCCUGUUCCAUAAAUGACAAGAAAAGUUAUUGCAACGGGCCGCUGAGACCAGUUACUAAUUACAGGCUGAAACUCAGGGCUUUUACAGCCGGUGGCUUUCAAGAUUCGUGGACCGUACCAUUUACUACGCGGGGAAAACCCACCGCAGUCUAUUACUUGGUGUUGUAUAGUGUAUUGUUCGCGGUGCUCAUCACUGCUACCGGAAUGUAUUGUAUACUCAACGAAAAAGUCCCGUGGRCUGUACAGAACAGAGUGAUUCACCCAAUUGUGACACGCCAAGAACCCGGUUUGCUGAGUGACAUGAACUUCAAACACCUGUCAGCCAAAACUCCCCAAGAAAUCGAGGCCGAGUACGACCUACUAAAUGUGUACUCGAAAUCAAACUUUACGACAGACGUGGCUGUGAUGCCCCAGAAUAAGUACAAAAAUCGUUACAUCAACACGUUACCAUAUGACUACAACCGAGUGAUUAUAAGGUCCGGCGACACCGAUGACUACAUAAAUGCAUCUUUUAUCGAAGAUUCUAGGGGUAAUCGCCAAUAUAUAGCAUGCCAAGGUCCCUUGAAAAAUACUUGCGUUGAUAUGUGGCAAAUGAUUUUGGAUCAAGACGUGGCUUCGAUUGUUAUGCUAUGUCAAAUCAGUGAAAAAGAAAAGGUGGAGUAAAACGUUAUUCUAACAAAUUUAUUUAUAUAUUAGUCGUAAACGUAUUUUAAUCCUGGCGAUGGAGAUUGACCAUGGUAUUUACAUGAAUAUAAUUUAUAUAUUAAAAGUUAAUAAUAUUGAACUGUUAUAAUGAUUAAGUAUUAAAAUAUAAACAUGACAAUAGCGAGGAGGGAGUAAUUACAACACUAAACCAUCCUUGGCUACGUAACUGCCAUAACUGCCAUCUAUAAUUGUAUGCCACUUCACCAAUAUGCUUUUUUGUAUAAUGUA